GUGUAGAGCAGCUGGAGAGCAUGCCACCUCUGAAGCAGCAGCCUGGAAGUGAGGCCGAGGACACUAAAGAGAAAUUAAACCAGGCCUUGUACGACCUUCGCAAGACCCAAGAGCAGAAUAAGCUGAACGGGGCUAUGGCUCAAGAGCUUGAAGAUAAGGUGAACUCCCUUGAAGCAGAGCUGAAGGUUGCUUUACAGAAGAGAGAGCAACUUCAAGAGGAGAAUGUUAAGUUGCGGUCAUCUUUGAACGCUCAACAAGAAGAUGGCUGGUCAGACACACAGACAGAAUCAUCUUCAGCUGUUCUAACAAGGUAUGAAGACUGAACUCUCACAGGUAAUUAAGCUGUAGGAUGAAGAGAGAGGUUAACGAGAGACGAGUAAGGUAAACGGACGUGCGGUACCUGAAAAAAAAAGGUUAAAAGCAUCAGUGGACUAUGAAGGAGAGGCUUGCUUUUAUGGAUGCUGUUGCUCC